UUGUUUUCAGGCAGUGCGCUACCAGCUCAGCCAGAAUCACCGUUCGCCGUAGACCCUACCACCGAAUCACUCUACGUAGUCGGAAUACAUGAUGAGAAUACCUUAUAUCGGUUGCACAAAGACGGCUCUAAAUAUCUCUUCCUAGAGACGAGCACCAUUCAGUGGUUGGCUUUGAUGCCAAAGUAUUCUGUGAUCGUUAUUGCUUCGGAUUAUACGAUUUUAUCCUAUCGACUCACGUCUUCUUUCGAUCAACUCAUCUAUUCUUGUGAUUCGUUGGAUAACUGUGGCGAGGUUGCUGGUUUAGCCGCAGAUGAUGAAACCGGUGAUGUAUAUUUUCUGAUUCAGCAUCCGAACGCAACAAAAAGUUUGUUUGGAUUGAAUCAAGACGUUCGCACACCGUAUUUGAUUGCUUCAUCGACUGACUUUCCACCGAUUCGUCAGUUGUUGGUUGCUGGCGAAAAACUUGCGUUCAUAACGAAGACUGGUCAGAUGGGUGUUUGCGAUAAGAAACUUGGUUCAUUGAACUUCAAUCUGGUGUUGAACGGAGUAUCCCUUUUAGUACCAUCGGCAAAUGUGACACCAACGAAUGCGUUGAAUUUCAGCGGCAAUAUCGCAUUUGAAGAUGACUUACGAACAAAUUUGACAUGGAGCAUUGAUCCAGCGCCGCGGAAAGGCGAAAUUAUCUACAAGAUUUCAAUGUACAAAGAGAAGUUUGGUGAUGAACGAUUCGUGGAUUUUUCAGUGGAACAAAGCUACACAAUGAAUUCAGAAUUGCUCGAUGAGUGGUCUUCAAAGCAAAAGUUCGAUGUUCAAAUAGAUGCGAUAAGCGCGUGGAAUAUUGUGUCGAGAAAUCGUACCGGUCUAUUCGCACCUACAAAACCGCCUUCGUCAGUGAGAAAUUUGAAAAUAUAUGCCACCCAACAGGUUGGUAACUACAGGAGGUUUUUCUUUACAUGA